AUGGUGUGGUCUAGAGGAGUUUGGUUUCUGUUGGGGAAACCGUUUGUGUUGCAAAAAUGGCAUCCUAAGAAGAAAGACUUCAAGACUGUCCCCAUCUGGGUCAAAAUUCAUGACCUACCACUUGCAUGUUGGAACUCCGAAGGAAUUUCGUGGAUUGCUAGUAAGAUAGGGGUUCCUAUUGCGGUGGACAGCCUUACGGAGCAGAAAACUCGGCUCACCUUUGCUUGCGUCUGUGUAUUAGUGGAUUGUAAUGCUACCUACCCGGAAGAAAUCAAGGUUUCUUUAGAUGGGGACGUUGUCUGCUUGAAGGUGCAAUAUGAAUGGCGCCCUUUCCCUUGUGCACACUAUAAGUCUCUGACGCAUUUUUCUUCAUCUUGUCCGUCUAAGCCAGAUGUGGUUACAAAUGUUGAAAAUGUUAACGCAAGACAGAAUCGGGGUAGAAGUUUUAGUAGAAAGCCCAACUCCCGUCACUUAUCCAAAAAUCCAAACUUCGCCAGACCUCCUGCUUCUCAGGAUUCUCCCCCUCGCGCAUCGAAUGUGGUCUCUGGUGACUCCUUAAUUGAUCAGGGAGUUUCAAACAUGAUUGGACAACCUCUACUUUAUCAACCACACUCACCGCCCCCUUUCAAAUUGGGUUCCCCUGCUAAAGAUCUUCCUCUGGUUCCUCCACCUAUCGUAUAUCAAUCUGGGAAAGUAGAUGACGGGUUAGGUAUCCCUAACCUGAACUCCCCUAAUGAAGCCACAUCCUCUUCCACAAGCAUUCCUCAAUCCAAUUCCAAUCUGAGUACUAAAAUCGUUAAAGUAACAUCAGCUGGUGAUUUUGCUCAAAAAGAAAUUAUUUCGCCUAAUAAAUUUGAUGCUUUACAUAUAGAAGAUGAUAUCCCGCUGCAAUCAAAUGUGAAUGCCGAGUCUGAGGGUAUUUCUGCUACUGAUAAGGAAGAAGGUGGUGGUGAAUCUCUUUUUAAAGAGGUAUGCAAGGCAAAAAAUCCUCAGCCUAGUGCUGCAUCCAAAAAAACUGCUAAGGGAAAGCAGCGACUUGUGGAAUCUUUUAAUCUUGACUUGGUUUGUGUUUUGGAGAACAGAAUUCAGAAUAAGUCUUUAAAUGAUCAAUUUUUUGUGACUGCUCAUUCCCUCUUUCCGAAUGAAUCUAGCUGUCAUAAUUUUGACCUUUCCCUAUCCGGGAGAAUAUGGGUUAAGUGGGAUCCUCUCAAAUUAUCUUUCACUCCUAAUUUUAUCACCUCUCAAAUGAUUAAUGGCAUUGUUACUGGAAGUUCUUUUACUACCUUUCAAAUCAUUGCUGUGUAUGCUUCUAAUAGUAGUCAGGUUCGAAAAUCUCUGUGGGAAGACAUUUGUUCGGUGGCCCCUGAUUGCCAUACUCCUUGGGUGAUCAUUGGGGAUUUUAACUGCUGUAGGUAUGCUUCUGAGAAGAUUGGAGGGAUAUUUCUCUUUAAAAACUAUUGGACUAAGCUAGAUGAUUAUUGGUCUCUUCUCAUUGAGACUCUCUAUUUGCCAUCUACGGGAAAUCCUCUGGGCCACCUGUGUAAUCUGUUCAGAACUCUCAAAAAAGAAAUCAAAGCAAAAUCCCGGGCCUCUUCCUUUUGUGUUAGUAGGCACAUUGAACUUCUUCACAACAAUCAACAGGCUUUGCUGGCCUCCCUCCACUCGGAUCCCUUCAACUUUUCCUUGAAUCGGUCUUACAAAGAAAAUAAUAUUAAGCUGGCUGAGUUCAUGUCUUUGCAAGCUUCUUGGAUCAUACAAAGGGCUAAGGUUAAUUGGUUAAAAUAUGAUGAAGAUGAUCUGAAAUUCCUUUAUGCUAAAAUUAGGAUUAGAAUGGGAAGCAAUAAAUCUGUGGUCAAUCUGCUUUCCUCUAAUCCUCAAUCUUCUAGAGCUGAUAUGAUUUCCUUCAUAAUCCAUUACUUUCAAGAGCUGUAUAAUCCCUCACCUCCCAGCAACAUGAAUAUGGAUAUCUUCCCUGUGGGAAAUAUUUUGUCUGAUGAGUAUGUUUCUUCUUUAAACUCUUAUGUGACGGAUGGUGAUAUUAAAAGUGCUGUUUUUUCGGGUUCAUCUAAAUCUGCCCCUGGCCUUGAUGGUCUCAACUUCCACUUCUACAAAUCUGGCUGGCACAUUCUUGGUCCUACUGUUUGUAGGGCUAUCAGAUCCUUCUUUAUUAAAGGGUUCCUACCUAAAGGUGUUAAGUCAACUGCUUUAGCUAUUGUCCCCAAACAUAAAAAUGCUUCCAGCAUUUCUGAUUACAGGCCGAUUGCUCUAUGCAAUGUUCUCUAUAAAAUCAUAGCUAAGAUUUUGGCUGCUAAGUUGAAACCGGUUAUGAACUGGAUAGUAAAAGAUAAUCAAGCUGGGUUUGUUAACUCUAGAGUGUCUACUGAUAACAUACUUCUUGCUAAUGACAUUCUUUAUCAUGCUGGAAAAAGAGGUGGUGAUAAUAUCUUCUGUGCAAAGCUGGAUAUUAAGAAAGCAUUUGAUUCUGUCUCCCGACAAUUCCUUCUAGCUAGACUUGCCCAAAAAGGUUUUCCUAGCUUUUUUAUUAGUUGGAUAAAGGCUUGUAUUACAGAUGUCAACUUUUCUAUAUUGUUGAAUGGUGCUCUUGAGGGAUAUUUUCCUACUUCGGCUGGGUUGAGGCAGGGGUGUCCUCUUAGCCCCUACCUUUUCUGUAUUGUGAUGGAUGCUUUUUCCAAUUUGCUGGAAGGUAGAGGAUUCAAAGGUAUCACAAAUGGUAAUUUUUCUCUCAACCACCUGUUAUAUGCAGAUGACGUUUUGAUUUUUGGUGAGGCUACAACAGAAAACUGUCUUAUUCGUGCUAAUGCUAUAACUGAUUUUGCCAAUUCCUCUGGUCUCUUCAUCAAUUAUGAAAAAUACUCCAUUAUGUUUCCUAAUCAUUUGAGGAAUCAACUUGAGGUGUGUCAAAUGCUUUCUAUCCACUCCAUUGUUAACAAGAUUACUUAUUUGGGGAUUCCUCUGUCCUUUUAUAGGCUUAAUGUGGCUGAUUUUAUGCCUUUGUUAGAUAGUUUAAACAAGAAACUUAAUGGUUGGAAAGCCAAUCUACUCUCUUUUGCGGGUAGGCUUCAAUACCUCAAAUUCACCAUUCAAAACACCAUUUCCUACUGGAUCAGAGGUUCAUUUAUACCUAAAUCUGUGCAUAAGGUUUUUAAAAAAGUUAGCUCUAGAUUCCUGUUUUUUGGUGAAGUCAAUUCGGUUAAGAAGCUCCAUAAGAUGUAUAAUCAUGAUUCUCCUCUAGCUCGCUGGUUGUUAGCUAAGUACCGCUCUCCUUGGAAGCCUACGCACAGUUCUUCUUCAAAGAUGUGGGAAUCUAUUUGUAAAACGGCUGAAACUGUGAAAAGUUGCUUUCAUUUUACUAUCUUUCCUAAGUGCCCCAUUUCCUUAAAAUGGGAUCACUGGUGUCUUAACUCCACACUGGGGAGUAUUGCUGGUUUGGCUGAUAAUGCUGGUCUGCCGGACAUUAGGCUAGCUGAUAUUAUAUCUGAGAAUGGAUGGGAGAUUUCUGGAGUUAUAAAUCCAAUGUUGCAUCAGUAUUUUGAGAGGGUGAAUAUUGUGAAUGGUGUGGGGCUUUGCUUGCUUUGGUAUAACAGGAAUUGCUUUCGAUUAAACUCAUUUAUUAAAGAAUUUUACACUGAUUACCCGGAUUGCCAUUGGUAUAAAAUGGUUUGGCACAAAAAGCAUAUUCUUAAACAUUCUGUAUUUGUUUGGUUGGCCUUAAAGGAUGGUUUAAAGACUGCGGCUGCUCUCAGGAUUAGGCAAAUCUUUGUUCCCAUCUCUUGCAGUUUAUGUCAUUUAUGUGCUGAAUCUGUCGCACAUCUCUUUUUUGAAUGCACUUAUUCUUUCUACAUUCUAAAAUGUCUUAUUCCUGGAGUAGAAAUCUUUCUAUUAAGACCGUCGAUUCUGCAAUUGUUUGAUUGGAUGAAUGGUGAAUUUGGCUCAAAUGCUAAUACUUUGAAUUUUUACAAGCUGGCGGUUGGUUGUAUUAUAUACUUCACCUGGAAAGAGAGAAACAGAAGGAGAUUUGGUGGAAAUUCUAACUGUUCCACCACUGUGCUGUUGAAUAUCAAACGAGUAAUUUUUGAGAAGCUGGUUUUAUCGGGUUCUGCGAUAUUCGGAAGGAUAUGGCCUGGAGGUGUUGCUUUAUUACUCAGGACUAUGAUGAAGCUCCAAAAUGUUGCACGACGAAUUCUACCCCUUGGAUGGCCUUCGGGCAACCAGGGAUUCUCCAGUUUCUUCUAUUGCCACUGCAGAUGGUUCGUGCUUAUGGUUGCUGGACUCUGA